UCUCCCGCGGCGCACCCCGCCCGCCCGCUUCUCGAGAUGUGCAAGGGACUGGCGGGCCUGCCGGCCUCCUGCCUGCGGAGUGCAAAAGAUAUGAAGCACCGGCUAGGCUUCCUGCUACAGAAGUCCGACUCCUGCGAGCACAGCUCUGCCCACAGCAAGAAGGACAAAGUGGCUGUUUGCCAGAGGGUGAGCCAAGAGGAAGUCAAGAAAUGGGCUGAAUCACUGGAAAACCUGAUUACCCAUGAAUGUGGGCUGGCCACGUUCAGGGCAUUCCUGAAGUCCGAGUACAGCGAGGAGAACAUUGACUUCUGGGUUAGCUGCGAGGAGUACAGGAAGACCAAGUCACCCGCCAAGCUCAGCCCUAAGGCCAAGAAGAUCUACGAGGAGUUCAUCUCUGUGCAGGCCACCAAGGAGGUGAACCUGGACUCUCACACCAGGGAGGAGACUGGCCGGAAUGUGUUGGAGCCCACAGUGACCUGCUUUGACGAGGCCCAGAGAAAGAUCUUCAACCUGAUGGAGAAGGACUCCUACCGCCGCUUCCUCAAGUCCCGGUUCUAUCUGGAUUUGGCCACGCCUUCCAGUGGCAGGGCCGAGAAGCAGAAGGGAGCCAAGGGUCCUGCAGACUGUGCGUCCCUACCCCCGCAGUGUGCCUGAUUCCCUCUGAGGCCCAGCCUGGAAUGGGAGAUGCUGUGUUCUGGACACCUGAGGACAACAACAAGCGUGGUGACUGUGCACAGCCCUGUGUAAGUCACUGCCAUGUAGACUUGGGUGGAGCAGCCCACCCUCCCCAAGCAAGCACCCAAGUGAUGGCCUCAGGGCUGGGAUUCCAGACCCACUGGCAGUGCCCUCCCACAGCAUGACCUCCGUCUGGUCGGCUGGUGCACAUCCUCUGACACCCAUGUGGACAUGCAUUCUGCUGGCCAGCACUUCUGCAGGU